AUGCGUUCUACAAUUGACGAAAUGCCAUCUGUGGCUAUAUUCUGCCCUCAAAGCAAAGCUCCACAGAAAACUUACCUCGAUCGACUACACUCUUUUCUUUGCCGAAACCCAUUCUUGAAACCUUUUGUUAACGAUAUUCAAGAUCUUCCACAGACUUGGCAGACUUUCGCAAAUCAAAGGGAAGAUAUCGCGGCUCUCAAACAAGGACCAAGAUAUAUGAAAAAUUUAUCUAAAUGGAUUACAACCGGUGAAUCUGAACCUAUUGCAAAUGCAAUGUCCGGCAUACUUUCAUUACCUCUUUUAGUCAUAAUUCAAAUUGGACAGUACUUUCAAUUUCUUGAAUUGAAUGAAAUGAGACAUUCUGAAUUUGUCACUCAACUUCGAAACGGGGGAGGAGUUCAAGGGUAUUGUGGUGGUUUAUUACCAGCUAUGGUAAUCGCGUGUUCGAAAGAUGAAAACGAAUUGGCGAAAUAUGCAUCUGUAGCUAUGCGUAUUGCCCUUGGAAUAGGGGCGUAUGGAGAGCUUGGCGAUGAUGAAAAUAUUCCAGGACCAACAACAAUUGUUAUACGCUUGAAACAAAUAGGACAAGGGGAAGAGAUUGCUUCAAAAUUCCCAGGUUCACACAUUUCCGCUGUCACUGACCCCAAAACUAUUAGUAUGGUAGGGUCAGUGCCAGUACUUGCCAAAGUACAAGCUUAUGCUCGCGAGCAAGGUCUACUUGUACAAGAAAUGCAUCUUCGAGGAAAGGUACAUAAUCCCGAGAAUGCAGAGCUCUCGUUAGAAUUGUGUGGUCUUUGUGAUAAAACAGAUUUCCUACAACUUCCACCAGUAUCCGCUCUGCAGGCACCAAUGAGAUCAAAUAAGACCGGAAAACUGCUCGAGAACGAAUCUCUCAGCCAUGAGGCUGUACAUACGAUUUUAGCAUCAAGGUGUGAAUGGUAUACUCUUCUCACGAACCUAGCAGAUGAUCUUGAGAAAAGUGCAAGGAAAUCACAUGUAUUCGCAACCUUUGGUAUUGGCGAUUGUGUCCCGUUGGCGCCAUUCCAUAAAAAGCAACUGCGCAUAACAAAAUUCGAUGUCCUCAGCGCGAUCAACAAAGCCGUGCCAUUGGUACCUAAAUCACAGGAAGAAACGCAUUAUUCAUUCCCUAGCGAUGCCGUGGCCGUGAUUGGGGCUUCAUGUCGCCUACCCGGUGCGAAUAACCUGGAAGAACUUUGGGAUCUCAUAUCGAAAGGAACCUCAGUUGCGAAAGAAGUUCCUAGCGACCGUUUCGACUUACAUCGUAGUUUCAGAGCUUCGCAAGACUGGAAGUUCGCCGGCAAAAGGAAGUUUUUUGGUAAUUUUUUGGACAGCGUGGAAGAUUUUGAUCACGCAUUUUUCCGCAUAAAUCCAAGAGAAGCGGUAAAUAUAGAUCCUCAGCAAAGAAUCUUGCUCGAGCUCGCAUAUGAAGCAAUGGAGUCUAGUGGAUACCUACGUUCGCAUAAACGAGAAAACAAUGAUCCGAUAGGGUGUUUCAUAGGCGCUAGCUUUGUGGAAUACCUCGAUAACACAAACUCGAACGCACCAACUGCUUAUACAUCGACUGGAACUAUCAGGGCAUUUCUAUGUGGUAAAAUCAGUUACUACUUUGGAUGGAGUGGUCCAUCAGAAGUUAUCGAUACUGCAUGUUCUUCUUCACUAGUAGCGAUUCAUCGAGCAGUCCGAGCUAUACAAAGUGGAGAAUGCCCAAUGGCUUUGACUGGUGGGAUCAACAUUAUGACUGGCGUCAAUAAUUAUUUAGAUCUGGCAAAAGCUGGAUUUCUGAGUCCUACAGGGCAAUGCAAACCAUUUUGUGAGUCAGCUGAUGGAUAUUGCAGAGCUGAGGGAGGCGGUUUGAUUGUCUUGAAGUUAUUGGAACAGGCGAUUACAGAUGGAGAUCAAAUUCUCAGUGUCAUUCCAGGAGCGGCGACCAAUCAAGGAGGUUUAUCAUCUUCACUUACUAUUCCUUCAUCCCCGGCACAAAUCCAGUUAUAUCAAAACAUAUUGAAUAAAGCAAAAAUGAAACCGGACCAGGUGUCUUAUGUCGAGGCUCAUGGUACUGGGACCCAAGCUGGUGACCCACUCGAAGUAGCAAGCAUUCGACAAGUAUUUGGAGGAUCCGAAAGAGCCCAUUCUUUAUACUUGGGAUCUAUCAAGGGCAACAUUGGACACUGCGAGACCGGAGCUGGAGUUGCUAGUUUGGUGAAACUAAUUUUAAUGAUCAACAAGGGAAUCACCCCACCACUCGCGAGUCACAAUACUCUUAAUCCAAAGAUUCCAGCUUUGGAGCCAGAUCGAAUGGCAAUCACCACAAAAGCUAUACCGUGGAAUGUUCCAUUUCGUGCAGCUUGCGUGAAUAGUUAUGGAGCUGCUGGAAGUAAUGCUGCCAUGUUGUUAUGUGAAGGUCCACGGCAACACGUAGGAGCAUCGAAGGGACCAGUUCAGACUAGCGCAAAGUAUCCAGUCAUUCUAAGCGCGUCGACAAAAGAUAGCUUGUUGAAGUAUGCAAAAGUCCUAGGAGACUAUCUUGCUGUAACAUCGCCGAGACCAAAUCUCAUUGACUUGGCGUUUACAUUGAGUGAACGUAGGCAGCAUCAUAAGUUCCGCUGGAUUACAACGGAGUCAGAUAUCGUUCGAGUGGUACAACUCUUAAGAGCGGAUCCUCAGUCGUGUUUUGAGAUCCCACAAGCACCAAAGCAUACCGUCCUAGUGUUUGGGGGUCAAAGUAAACAGACAGUUGGACUUGACAAGAACUUAUACCAAUCUCAUUCUCAACUCCGAGGGUAUGUAGAUAACUGUAACGAUCUUGUUACGAAUCUCGGCUUUUCGGCUAUCGUGCCAGCAAUAUUUCAAUCUGAGCCAAUCACAGAUAUUGUUGCACUUCAAUGUGGCACUUUUGCGAUGCAAUAUGCAUGCGCGAAAUGUUGGAUUGACGCUGGACUGAGAGUAGAUGCAGUAGUUGGUCAUAGUUUCGGGGAAUUGACUGCUAUGACUGUAGCUGGAGUACUAUCACUACAAGACGGAAUAAAAUUGAUUGCUACUAGAGCUUCCUUGAUGCAAACAAAAUGGGAUCCGGAAAAGGGAACAAUGCUCGCAAUCCAUGCGAAUAAGGAGCGUGUACAAGACAUCAUAGCAUGUAUUGACUCAGGAGCUGGGGAUCUGGAGAUAGCCUGUUUCAAUGCCCCUACAUCUCAAAUUGUUGUCAGCAAUUCAGUGUCGAUAACCGAAGUCGAGGAGUUGCUAAGAACUGAUUCUCGAUUCAACGGAAUUAAAUAUCAACGACUUGAUGUAAGCCACGGCUUCCACUCCAAAUUUACGGAACCACUUCUUAGUGAUGUCGAUGAGUUGUCAAAGACCUUAACAUUCAAUCGAGCAAAGAUUCCACUCGAGACCUGUACCUUGAAUUCCUUGGAUGAGAUUUUGCCAGGUCGACUUUCAGAGCACACUAGAGAUCCUGUCUACUUCCUCGAUGCCAUUCGAAGAAUUGAGAGAAAACUAGGACCAUGUGUAUUUCUAGAAGCUGGAAUGGAUUCUCCAGGAAUAGCAAUGGUUAAGAGAGCUGUCUAUGAACCGGAUGAUCAUUAUUUUCAAGAGAUGAAGCUCAGUAACUCUCAAGAUCCAAUGAAUGUCCUUUCGACUAUCGCAACAAACCUUUGGCGUGAAGGCAUCCCAGUAUCUUUCUGGGCCUUCCUGUCGCCGCCACAAGAAGCAGUAUAUAAACAAAUUUGGCUUCCACCAUAUCAAUUCCAACGUACCCCACACUGGUUGGAAAACAUAGAUAGAGUGAUCGAAGCUCAAAAUACAACCUCUUCGACCGUUGUCGGGCCUGUAGAAGGACCCCAAGUUAAAGCUCCGAAACAGCUCGUGAUGUCAAAGGACGGGUCGCGAAAAAAUUACAAGAUCCACAUUGAUACCGAACGAUUCACCAGAAUUGUAUCGGGUCAUGCAGUUAGAAGACAACCAUUAUGCCCCGCAUCAAUGUAUAUGGAGUGUGCAGCGAUGGCAUUACAAAUUGCGGGUGCUGAUGUUGAAACAAAGUCAAUGUUCUUUGAUGGCUUGAAUUUUCAAGCUCCGCUUGGUGUUGACAUGGACCGAGAAGUGUCCUUGGUAUUGGAGGAGUCCUCAGAACCACAAAUCUGGACCUUUGUAGUCAAGAGUUCGUUGAAGACCGACUCAAAAGUUAGGUCUACAAUACACGCAAAAGGGAUGAUCGGGUUGACUACUCAACCACAACUAUCAACCUAUGAGAGACUUAUAUCAGAUCGUAUCAACGCAUUGGCUAAGCAACCGGAUACCGAGAAAUUGAUGUCCAAACGAGCAUAUGGUCUUUUCUCAACAGUUGUACACUAUUCGGAUUUCUUACAUGGGAUUUCAAAUAUCACGAUGGAUGGAAAUCAGGCAAUUGCAGAGAUUGAGUUGCGUCCUUUCCCUGUUGAGAUACAAGAGAGCACAAUCAAUCAUAUCUGCGACACCAUCGCUUUGGAUAACUUUAUUCAAGUUGUUGGUUUACUUAUCAAUAGUAGCGCUCAAUGCUCCUCUGAUGAAGUGUAUGUUGCUACUGGUGUUGACAGUACAAUAAUGUCGGCCGCAUUAUGCAAUUUUACAAAUUGCAAGUAUUGGACGGUCUAUGCCAUGUUCACGCCAACUAGCAACACCCAAGCCACUGGUGAUAUCUAUGUUUUCACUCGAGAUGGAAAAUUAGUAAUGACAAGCACUGGAGUCAGUUUUACAAAGUUAUUGAUAACAAAGCUGGAGAAAACGCUUGCAGCAGCAAAUCCGAAAGUAUUAAACAAUGGACCGCUGAAACGAGGGCUCAUGAGAACGUUAACGCCGAUGACAACUCCAGGGUCACCAAUUGAAAAUGAUUCGAGAAGUAGCAUUGAUGAUUCUGAUGAUGAAGGGCCACUCACACCCACGGACUUUGCAUCAGGGGCAGACAAUCUGAAAAAUUUGAUUGCAUCAUAUACAGGUCUUUCUGAUGCGGAAAUCAUCGAUGAUGCGAAUAUUGGUGACCUUGGAGUGGAUUCUUUGGCAGCCGUUGAGCUUGCUGAGGAAUUGCAAACAAAAUUUGGGCAAGAGAUCGCAGCUGAGGAUCUUAUGACGAGCAGCUAUGCAAAUUUGCUCCGGAUUUUUGUUUCCGCAUCACAGCCCAGAAAAUCAAAGCCUAUAAAAGCCACCACAGCGUCAUGUGAGAUCAUUCAAAAAUUAUACGAGGCCUCUUCUGAGCAUGACACCAAUUCACUAAGAAGAGAAAAGGUCUUCCGAAUGAUUUCUGAAAUAUGUGGAGCUCCAAUUGACGAAAUUCGAGAUUCGGCGGCUCUGCAAGACCUUGGUGUUGAUUCGCUUUCGGCCGUUGAGUUGAAAAGUGAGCUUGAAGGAGCCUUUUCAAGAGAAAUCGAUGACAAUGAUCUCAGUCUAGAAUCAACAGUCAAAGAAGUAUUGAAGUGUCUCGGCAUUGAGGCAAUCCAACAACAGCAAAAGCCUAUCACUGUAGUUCGAAGCGGCAACACGGGCUCAUCAUACAGUUCUGAAGGAGCCAUUGAAAGUUUACCGGUAGUCCUAGCAAAUCCCAUGGACAUGAUUGAGAAAUGCCAAGCAGCUUUUGAACCUGCUGCAAAGAAGCUCGGAUAUAUCAAUUAUUGGUCUGAAGUUAGUCCAAAGCAAGACGAAUUGUUGAUAGCAUACAUUGCAGAGGCGUUUAGAACGCUUGAUGUUGAUUUAUGGAAACUUGGCAAUGGGCAAGAGUUGCCAGAUAUUACUUAUCUUACGAAACAUGCGAAGGUCAUGGCUCGAUAUAUGGAAAUCCUGCAGACCGAAGGGAUCAUUCAAAAGAAAGGCAGCAAGCUUUUUCGAACCCCAAGAAGACUUUCAAAUAUGAGUUCGAAUGAUUUGCUACAAAAUUUGCUGCGACAAUAUCCUGCGUACGCAGCAGAAUCGAGACUAAUGGAAAUAACAGGUCCAAAACUCGCGAGCUGCUUGAUUGGAAAAGCUGAUCCUGUUGCGCUAAUGUUUGGUAAUCCGGCAGCACAGAAGAUAAUGGGAGAGUAUUAUACUACCUCGCCUAUGCUUGGUACUCUUACUGAGCAAUUAGUCGAUUUCAUGAGACAAAUCGUGAUCGACACUACCGGUCAUGGACCAAUCAAAAUUCUAGAGGUUGGAGCUGGAUUUGGUGGAACCACCACACGACUCGCAGAAGUUCUUCAUGUAAUUGGUCGGCCACUUGAAUAUACUUUCACAGAUAUUUCUCCUUCACUUGUGAAAAAUGCCAAGGCAAAAUUCGCGAAGUAUGAUUGGAUGAAGUUCCAAACUUUCAACCUCGAAAAGGAUAUUCCAGCAGGAAUGAGAGGACAAUAUGACAUCGCCAUAGGGACAAACUGUGUCCAUGCAACUACUAACAAAACUUCUUCGACUAGUCAUUUGAGGGAAACUCUGAGAGAUGGCGGUUUUGUGGUUCUCUCUGAAGUGACGAAGCUCAUUGAUUGGUAUGAUGUCGUAUAUGGACUUCUUGAUAGUUGGUGGUUAGGAAACGACACCGAUUAUCCUCUUCAACCACCAGAAUUUUGGAUGGAGUGCUUUAAAAAGGCGGGAUUUGCUUCAGCUUCGUAUACGGAAGGACCGACGCCAGAUUCCAAUACUCAGCGUCUACUUGUCGCUUCAACCAAGCUCUUGAAAACUCCAAGUCGUCAAGACGUUACAAAGAGUGAUUCGAGAUUGGGUCAAAAAACCGACACAGUGACUUAUAAACUUGUUGACGGUGUUGAAGUACUGGCGGAUAUCUUCCUACCGGAAAUGGCGCCGAUCAAUCCAAUGCCUAUAGCCUUGAUGAUCCACGGCGGCGGACAUAUGACGUUAUCGAGAAAAGCCGUUCGUCCAGCUCAAACAUCGCUUCUGCUUGCGAAUAACAUAAUUCCAGUCAGCUUAGAUUACAGACUAUGCCCAGAGAUAGAUCUUAUCAAUGGUCCCAUAGCAGAUAUCUGUGAUGCAUAUAUCUGGGCUCAAACUAAACUGCCAGUGCUUGUGAGCAAUAAAGGAAUCAAAGUAGAUCCUACAAAGAUUGUCAUGAUUGGUUGGUCAACAGGAGGUCAUUUGGCAAUGACAACUGCAUGGACAACAAAGAAUCUUGGUUUAGAACCUCCUUGUGCAAUAUUAGCAUUUUAUAGUCCUACUGAUUUCGAAUCGGGAGAUUUAGAUAUCAGUCGUGCGAAUCAAUACCCAGGGAGGAAGCUAUCCUUGGACACGAUUAGAAAAUCCCUCUCCACGCGUCCGAUCACAAAUUAUGAUGCUGAGAGUAGCGAUUCAACAGGCCUAGGAUGGGUUCGUCCAGGAGAUCCGAGAUCUGAGCUUGUUUUGUCUCUUUUUAAAGAAGGGAGUGGCCUUAGUAUUAUGCUGAAUGGUAUCUCUGAUGAUGGUUGGUGUAGAAAACCGGAUCCAGAACGCGUCGCGUUCAUUAGUCCUAUGGCUCAACUUCGGUCUGGUAAAUACACCACACCAACAUUUUUGAUUCAUGGCGAGGAUGAUGAGAUUGUUCCAAUUUAUACGGCGAAGAAAUUCGUGACCGCUUUGAAAGAGCGUGGAGUACGAUCUGGUUUCUUGGAAGUGCCUGGUGCGAAACAUAUUCAUGAUUUGAAUUUGAGGCCGGGUAUGGAACAAUGGAGGCAGGGUGUUGAACCAGGAUACGAUUUUUUAUUCGAGAUACUAUCAAGAUGA